GUUUUGUUUACUUUCCAAGUGGUUGACAUAUUUGCUUUGCUCUGCUCCUGAAAUCUCUCAUGUAUGUCCUAUUGUUCACACACUUAUAUGUGCAAGCUUAUAAAAGGUUCUGACUUGAGCACUUGAUACCAAAAACUGACGAAACUUUGAACCUCUGUGUAUUGAACUAUAUUGAAUCACACAUGGACCAGUUAAAAAGACUUGUUGCUGGAAGUCAAUUGGGUUGUCAAUAAUACUAAUAUCUUAGAUUGAUCUUAACCCACGGGGAAGGGUCAGAGUUCACUAGCAUUAUGCUACUUACGGGAUCACUGAUUCCUAUCUUAAAGAAUAAGGAAGGAUAUUUAGCUAGUAUACAUGCUUGAAACACUUACUUCACACUGCUCAAUGGAAGUCAAACACAACUAUAUAUAGAUAUCUUCACUCUUUUAGUUAAUAUUCUUCAUGAAUGAAAACAAUCAAAAUUGCUUCCAACUACAAUGCUCAUUACUCGAAAGUAGUGCUUCAAGGAGAAGAAAUAUACCCAGGGUACAUCUAUGGAAAAUGCGAAGAAAAUUCCAUAUAUCUUAGGAAAAGGUUUUCUUCUUGAAGAAGCUGAUCAAGACAUUACUAGGGUUGUUAAUGCAGUAGAUAUGGAUAUUGAGCAUGCUCCUAAUGAUGAAAUGGAAAGGAAUCUGUCUGGUGUUGAUGGAACUGAUAUAAAACUUGAUGAAACUUAUUAUAAUCAUGAUUGUUCAGUUAAAGAAACUGAAUGCACGGAUGUUGAGGAAAAUGAUAUAAAAAUUGAUGACAGUUCAUUUAAUCAUAAUUUUACUCAUUCACUAAAUCUUAAAGACAUGGAGUUAAGUGAAACUGGUGAACCAAUGUUAAAGGGAAUAGAUAGUAGUCUGAAUCACGAUGCUGCUGAAGGAAGAGAAGAUAAACAUAAAUACAGUUUAACAGACCUACAAGGAGACGAAGUUGAUAUGUUUGGAAAUGAGAAACUUAAACAAGAUACAGAGGAAGUCCCUGAUAUAGAUGGUAAAAGGAACAGUGAUGUGAACAGUGAUGUCAAUGACUUCGAAAAUCAGUUAGAAAAUGAGAGAUCAAUACAUGAGAACCACUUAGCUAAAGAAAACAUAAGAUGUGAAGAAUUAGAUGAUACAGACAGAAAAUUUUUGGUAAAAAGAAGCAUAACAGAACAUAAAGGAAUGCUUAAAGAACCUCAUGUAGAUGAAAAUGUUAAUAGACAUAUAGAAUUAAUUGAAGCAUCAACUAAAGAAAUAAGUGAUGUAGGUUGUUGCAAGAACAAGACUGUCAAAACAUAUAUAGAUACAUUUGUAGAAACUCAACAAGCAAGAAAUGAUAUGCAAAAAAAACACCCAAAGGGUUAUGAUGAAAGAGUGGAAGAAGCUGAUGAAAAAAUAAGUGAUUUAGAUGGUAAAAUAGAUGAAAAGGGAAAAAGUAAUGAAGAUGAAGAGCUUGUGAAUACUUUUGAUGAUGUUUGUGCAAGUAAAGAAUCUGAAAAUGACAUUGAUCGUCUUGGUGAUAGAGACAUGAAGUCCAGAUUUACUGGGGAGAUAGUUAAAUUUGAUUUUGACGAUGAAGAAUUAGAUGCAAGUUUUCAUGUGCCUGAUCCAAAGCUGAACAAUUACAUACUAGAAGGUGGACAUCUGGAAGAAUACAAAUUCCGAUCUUCUGUUAGUCAGCCAGUUCACAAUCUAUUUGAGGAACAGCAGUUUGAAAACUAUAGAAACCUCUAUGAAGAACUUGAAGAGCAUGAUGCUGUUAAUUUCGAUACCUUUGUUGUCGAAAACCUAAGCAAUAAACCGACGCUGUCUCAGUCAUCCAGUAUCAGCUCAAUAAAUCAAAGAUUCGAGUCUUGCCCAAUUGACUGUCUUCCUGAUGAGAUAAUGGUAAAGAUUUUCUCUCAUCUAUCCACCAAAGAUCUUUGUCUGAGCUGCGCACUGGUUUGUGGAAGGUGGCGGAACCUAACCUUGGACCAUUCCCUGUGGCUGGAACUAGAUUUCCGGCAUUGUCCAAACCUUCCAACCAUCCAGUUUUUACGAAUAGUCAGAAAGGCCCCAUUACUGAGAAGACUGUUUAUUAGUGAUAGAACAAACCUUUAUCCCCCUGAACUUGCCAUCGUUCUAGAGUCUUGUCCACAUUUGUGUGAAAUAGACAUUGGCUUCUGUGAUAAGAUUACAUGUGAACUGAUCAAUUGUUUAGCCUCUUACGCUCAAAAUCUUACACACAUAAAUGUUGAAGGGUGUAAUUAUUUUGAUGAAGGGUGUGUUGAAAACCUGGUCAAGUUGAAGCGUCUGAGCCAUCUGAACCUAUCUCACUGCACAGCUAUACAGGACCAGGGGCUGAUGUUGGUUGCAAAAAGGCUGGAGAAGAUAGUCAAUAUUAACUUGGACGGCAUGAACUUCAUAACUGACAGGGGUGUUAUCAGGCUUGUGAGUGAACACUCCGCCCACCUUGAGGCGCUGGAACUGGAUGGGGCUGAGAUCACCGAUAACAGUAUACAGCACAUAGCUGAGUGUCGCUGCCUCAAACACCUGGCCAUGUCUUUCUGUGAAUCAUUGACUGACAGGUCACUGGAGUAUAUAAGGAAGUGUGUAAACCUUGAAUAUCUGCGUCUCCGUAAAGGCAGCGACUUCACUACAGAAGGCCUGACCCGGUUCUUCACAACCGUUAAACUGGUGCAUCUCCAAGUGCUCAACCUGUCCGAGUGUACCGCCAUCAAUGAUGCAGUGGUGCUUAAUAUCGUGCAGAUGUGUGGCCUGCAGUUGAAAGAGUUGGCCCUUAGUUGGUGUUGGGACAUCACAGACACCGGUCUCAUCUCCAUUGUGGACCACUGUGGCCGCCUGGAGCAGCUAGACCUAGUGGGGCUUGACAAGAUCCGGGGAGAAUGCCUGACAAGGAUUUCGGAGGAGAUGCCACGUCUCAUAUUUCUAGACCUGCGACAAUGCAAUAAGAUUAUGGACGACCUUGUCAUCGAUGUUGUUCGUUGCAAGCCGGAUCUGAAAGUCAUCAACUACUAUGGAGAGGAGUAUGUCUACGAAUGAAUGCACUUAAUGUAUAUGCAGCAUUGAUUGGAUAAUAAAAUCCCCUAUUGGCGGAA